CAUCGGAACUUCCACCCUUGGGCCGGUUUAGUUCGGUUUGGGCCCUGCAACUCCCCCCGUUUAUAUUUCCCGCUUUUCUCUCAGUGAAGCCCUGGAGCUUCAAACAGGGAGAAGAAGAUGACGGUGACUAACAACGGCAUCCAAUACGCCGUUCAGAUCAUCACCAAACACUUCGGCAAACCCGUCGCUAAAGUAUGCGAAACCCUUCUGAAAUCCGGACCACUAAACCUGGGUGACUUAAUCCGAUCGACGACUCUCACUCCCCAGCAAGUUAAGAACUCUCUCCUGAUUCUGGUUCAGCACAAUUGCGUCCAGCCCUUUACCCAAGAGUCCAAGGCUGGGCUUAAAGUUCAGUACAUUGCUGUGUACGAUAACAUACUCCAUCGCCUUAGGUUUGCGAAAUUUCUGGCGGUUGUGGCCCAGGAGCUUGAUGAUGAUUGCAAACAACUUCUUGCUGGUUUACUCGAGCAUGGUAGACUUACACAGCAACAAUUAAUGGACAGAGCCAAUCAGAAAUCCAAAUCAAAUAGUAGUCAAGUUCAGAUUGCUGCUCAAGAUAACUUUGUUAGACUUGUGACUGCCCGUUUUGUUGAACGCUGCCCGGCCCCUGAACCACUUCUUGAAGAAGCACCUGAACAAGAAGGUCCAAAGAAGCCACGCACUAAAUCUGCUAAGAUGGCUCAAGUAUCAGAGACCAUAGAACAACGUGUUCUCGCAGCAGCAAGGCCUAUGGAAGCAAUAAGAUUCUUAAUUAUGACAGAUGCAGAAACUGAUGAUCCGUCACAAAAAAGUGAGAAUAAUUCUUCUAGUAUGAGUGUUGGGGAGAAGCGCAAGUUUGAUGAUUUGGAUAUUGGUGAAGAACAUGGGUCUAAUGAUAAGGAAGUGAUUCUUUGGCGUGCUAAUUUUGAGCAGUUCAUUCAUUGUCUAAGGCAUAAGGCUUGUGUUGAGAAUGUUAGAGCACAACAUGAUGAUGAAGCUGCAGUUGAGUUAGGAGAAACGCUGAAGGCAACUAGAACUGCAGAGACCAAAGUGAAAACAGAUUAUUCAGCCUUGAAGGAAAGUAUAGAACUGCUUCAAAAUGAUGAGGUGGAGUUGAUUGUUUUGAAAAGAUAUGGAGAGGAUGCUUAUAGAAUAUUUAGGUUACUGACAAUGCAGUCAAAAUCUGGUCGGUUUUUUGAGACAGAUAUGAUAUCAAAAGAGGCCUUGGUUGACAAAAACGAAGCACCUAAGAUUCUUUAUAAGCUCUGGAAGGAUGACUACGUUCAUAUGGAGAAAUUAUCAUUGACAACAGCUAAACAGUCACAAGUCAUGGUGUGGAAAGUACACAAGCCCAUUGUUUGGACACAUGUUUUAGAUGAGAUGUACCAUGCGGCGUACAAUUUGGUUAAGCGAUAUGAUCAUGAGAGGGAAGAGAAUAAGGAGGUUACAAAUACCCCGAAGGAGAAACGCGUGGGUGAAUUAGAGAAAAAAGCCAACCGGUUUCUAGGUGUGAGGAAAAUCAUGGCAUUAUCCCUCAUGAAGCUUGAUGAUGCUCUCAUGCUCUUCCAUGACUUCUGAUUCAGGAAUUACGACCGCAAUAUUAUUGCCCCUUUUUCAUAUAAACAGAGGGCAUGUUAAUUUCCUUAUUGACAAGAUCGUUUGUCAAUCAAUAUAUUAAUCUCAUUUGUUUUCUCAACCGAGCAAAGGGCUCUUUGAUACUCUUUUA